AUUGGAGGAAAUGUUAAAUCAAGGAGUAAUUGAGGAAUCCCAUAGUCCCUGGACCUCUCCUGCAGUUUUGGUCAGGAAGAAGGAUGGACUCAGAUUUUGUGUCGAUUAUCGAAAAUUAAAUGAUGUCACGGUAAAAGAUUCUUAUCCUCUACCUAGAAUAGACGAUAUUCUCGACCAUUUAUCAGGUAAUUCUUGGUUUACUACUUUAGAUUUAAAAAGCGGUUACUGGCAAAUUAAAAUUCGUGAAGAAGAUAAAGAAAAGACUGCUUUUUCCGUCGGGAAUGGUUUAUGGCAAUUUACUGUUAUGCCUUUUGGUUUGUGUAACGCCCCUGCGACUUUCGAGCGAGUAAUGGAAAAAAUUUUAAAAGGAUUGCUUUAUAAAGUUUGUUUAGUCUAUUUAGAUGACGUAAUUAACUGUGUAUAUUGUGAGAAAAUUGAGAGGAAGUUUUUGGAGGAACCUCCGAAUUUGGUAGCUCGAAUAAUUCUUGCAGGAGAAACUUUGAAGGAAUGGAAAGCCGAUCAAAGAAGAGAUCUUGAUCUUUCGAUGGUUAUCCAAGCAAAAGAAAUUGGAAGACAUCCAUCUCGCUCGGAAUUCCCACCUGAGGGAAAUCCUGCACGUUUGUAUUGGUUUUAUUGGGAUUCUCUGGUUUUACAAGAUGGAAUUCUUUACAAGAUUUGGGAAGCACCGAAUUUAAAAUCGAGGAUUUUUCAAUUAAUUGUUCCCAAGAACCGUAGAGAAGAAAUUUUAAGGGCAGCUCAUGACUCUUCUUCUGGUGGUCAUUUCGGGAUUAAUAAGACCUUGGAAAAGAUUCGAAAACGUUUCUUUGGGCUUCUUGUAAACAAGAUGUCGAAAAUUGGUGCAAAACAUGUGAAAGCGAGAACAAUAGCCGAAGUUUUCGUCGAUCAAGUUGUUUCCCGUCAUGGAGUUCCCGUAGAAAUUCACACCGAUCAAGGAGUGAGAAAGACGCGUACAACUGCUUUACAUCCUCAAUCUGAUGGGCAAGUUGAGCCUUACAGAACUUCUAAACAUGAAAUUACUGGAGUUACUCCUGCUGAACUAUAUUUUGCAAGAGAUCUAAGACUUCCAUUAGAUUUAUUUUUAGGAAAUCCUCCAAAAACAUCGUCGCAGACUAGGAGUCGGUAUAUUGAGAAUUUGAAGAGUAGAUUAACGGAAAUUCAGAAGAAAGCGAGAGAUAGGAUGAAAGUAAAAUCUUUGCGAGUAAAAUCCUGGUAUGACUCGAAAGCCAGAUCUAGUCUUUUUGAGAUAGGAGAAAAAGUUUGGUUGUUUAAUCCUCGAAGAAAACCUGGAAGGUCUCCUAAAUUGCAGA